AUGGCAUUAAUCGCGGACGACUGGAAGGAUUGCGCUAAUAGUGAUAUCGGUGUGCAUGUGACGAUGGAAAAAGCAAAAAUAUCGGAUCGUAUCAGUAAAAUAAUAAUUCUUCUUAACUCGUUAAGUGUUAUUUCAUAUUGUUCCGAAAUCAUCCUCGCCGAUGCCGAUGUUACCAAAACAGCUGAAUUGCCUUACAUCAACAACAUGAAAUUUCCUUUCAACAUUAACACACAAAACAUGUACAGAUUUGUAUUAAUCGCCGAAUUCUUGCACAUGUUCAUGUCUAACUGGACAUCUGGUCUUGUGAACGCCAUGAUUUUGAUAUUAGUCUUUCAUGUAGGAGGACAAAUCGAGAUUUUGCAAAGCUGGUUAUCGAAGCUUACAAUCAGCGAGAUUGGAAAUAAAGAAGAAUCAAUUGUAACGGCAAUAAAUAAAAUCAUUCGAAAGCAUCAAAAAAUUAUCAAAUUUUCAGAAAAUAUCGAGGCUCUGUAUACAUACAUCUCUCUGAUCUUAUUUGCAGCGAAUACACUAUCAAUUUGUAUGUUAGGUUUUAUCAUUAUAACCGCAAUUGACUCUCCUGAUGCCGUCAACCUAAUUAUAAAAUGUCUUUUAUUUUUCACAACUACAAAUCUGGAAGCGUUUAUAUAUUGCUACGCUGGAGAAUAUUUAAGCAACAAGAGUAAAGCCAUCGGAUUGGCAACGUAUAAUUCUCCGUGGUACACCUUGAGACCUAAAGAUAGUCGUGUAUUAUUAUUUAUAAUAUUGAGAUCGCAAAAACAAUUAACACUUACAGCUGGCACCAUAAUAGAGCUCUCCUUCGUAUCUUUUACAAGCAUUAUGAAUGCUUCAGGAUCUUAUUUGUCAAUGUUGUUGGCGAUGCAAUGAACAUCGUAUUCACCUCAGCUUUUCAUCAAUAGUCAUACGCAUGUAUAGGUGA